AUGUCAACAUUCGGGCAGUACUUCCGCGUGACCACGUACGGUGAAUCGCAUGGAAAGAGCGUCGGAUGCAUAGUCGAUGGUGUACCUCCAGGCUUGGAGCUCACUGAGGAUGACAUACAGCCACAGAUGACGAGGAGAAGACCGGGCCAGAGCGCUCUCACGACUCCGCGCAAUGAGAAGGACAGGGUGGAAAUACAGUCAGGCACAGAAUUCGGCAUUGCUUUGGGUACCCCCAUAGCUCUACGGGUACUCAAUGAAGACCAACGACCGAAAGACUACGGCAACCGCACAAUGGACCAGUACCCCCGACCCUCACACGCCGACUGGACCUAUCUCGAGAAGUACGGCGUCAAGGCAAGCUCAGGAGGAGGCAGAAGCAGCGCCAGGGAAACAAUUGGAAGAGUAGCCGGAGGCGCAAUCGCAGAGAAAUACCUGAAGCUGGCGCACGGUGUUGAGAUUGUCGCUUUCACAAACUCAGUGGGACCUGAACACCUCUUCCCUGCGACCCGAGAACAUCCUACACCUUCGACAAAUCCCGAGUUCCUACAGCUUAUUGACACGAUUACGAGAGAAAAGGUGGAUUCGUUCUUGCCGGUGAGGUGUCCUAGUGAGGCAGGGACGAAGCGCAUGGAGGAUCUGGUCGCGCAUUACCGGGAUAACAAUGACAGCAUUGGAGGCACAGUCACCUGCGUGAUUCGCAAUUGUCCUUCCGGCUUGGGAGAGCCCUGCUUCGACAAGCUAGAGGCAACACUAGCACACGCCAUGCUCAGCAUCCCAGCAACGAAGGGCUUCGAAUUCGGCUCUGGUUUCGGAGGAUGCAGCGUCCCCGGUUCAACACACAAUGAUCCUUUUGUCAAGGCACCAGCACAGCCAGUAGUCGGCAACGGCGCACCUGGCACCGAGCGACCUCGUCUCACAACCAAGACCAACAACUCUGGUGGCAUCCAAGGAGGCAUCAGUAACGGCGCGCACAUCUACUUCACGGUCGCAUUUAAGCCUCCUGCCACGAUUGGCCAAGCACAGACCACCGUCACCUACGAUGAGACAGAAGGCAUUCUGGAAGCGAAGGGAAGGCACGACCCAUGUGUCAUCCCGCGCGCGGUGCCUAUUGUGGAAGCCAUGGCUGCCCUUGUCAUCAUGGAUGCCGUGGCAGCACAGUCCGCGAGACAGAGCAUGAGAGCGAGGUUGCCGACACAAAACAACUUGACCAUUGAAGUUUCAGAGACGGCGAGCAAUCUCACCGAAAAGGCAAAUGGGCAUGCCAAUUAG